AUGAGCACCGAAUUCACUUUCAAAGUGGUGAUGCUGCGGGGCCGAGAAAGAAGGACCAUCGGCUUCAGCCAGAGCGAGAUUGCCGUGCUCUACGACGUCCGCUACGACAGCCGACCGGUCUUUUCCCGGCACAUGCGUCCAUUCCGCCUCGACGACUGCGACGCCCGCUUCACGGCCGUGGCCGGGGUCAAACAAAACACACCGGCCCUCAUGUCCUCUCGCUCGCCUCCCAUGGCUCAGAACGCAACCGAAUACGCGCUCGUGCUUCCGUCAUGGGACCAGCUCAACUUUUCGCGCAACUGCACGGCCUUUGGCCAGUGGCUGUACUCUUUCAUCACGGCCAAUUCGUGGGACAAGCAGGCAACGUUUGGUGGCAGCGUCACGCUGUCACUCGAGAUGUUCGAUGCCGCUGUACCGCCGGACUGGUCCUAUCUGCAAAACGCCAGCGACGCCCAGACGGCCACGCCCGACGGUCGUGCCGCCGCUGCCACUAUUUACUAUGGCCGCGUGCUGCAAUGGUUCAGCGCCAACCUAUUCUGGUCCUACAACAGUACCACGGCCUCCUGGGACAGCAGCCCCAGCUUCAGCGAGAAUGUUAUCUGGCAGCCGGCUGUAGCCUGUCCCGAGCAUUUCUGCAAGGCUGUCGCCUUCACCGGCAACUCUGACCUUUCCGGCAUCGGUGUCCUCAUCUCCUACCUGACCGAGGCCACCCUCGUCACGGCCUACCUGAUCUGCUUCACGCUCUCGCGAGCCCAUCGCGCUACCCGGCCACAUCGCCGUCGCCACAGGCACAGUCGCAGGCACAGUCACAGGCACAAGCGUUCAGUGGCCCGUGCCGCUGCCCGCCGCCUCUUUGACGCCGUGCGCGGCAGCCUGACCGGCUUUCUUACCAACGCCAUGCUCUUUUCCUCGGCCAUCCUCACAGCCGCCGUUGUCAUGGCUGCCAAGCAGGCCGGCGACAACCGCAGCCGCCAGAUCGGCUCCCAGACCAUCCCCACUGGCAGCGCCCUCUACAAUCCCGUGCUUGCCCUCUUAGUCGGCCUCUUUUCCGUCUUCCCCGUCGCCAUCCUGAACCUUUUGCUGCCAGAGCACGACGGCGAUGACGACCACGAGACCAGCAGACCCAACACAAAGACGGACUUCCUGCCACUGCUCCAUCGCCUUCGACACCAAGCCGCCACCGCUUCCUUCACCCACACCCUGGCCUCGUUCUCCCGCAGCAUCGCCGGUCAUCCCUCUGGGAGUCGCACUAGCCUCCGCCGCGUCGUGCUCGGCAUCCUCUGGGGCCUCGCCAUCGCCAUGGUCAUCGUCUCCCCCCAUAGCGAACUCGACUAUACCUACCGUGGUGUCUCUUCACCCGCCGACGCCGACGAUGACAACACCUUUUCCGACGUGCUCUACGUCUGCGACGCCCGCGGCGGCCUCACCUACUGGCACAUCCUCGAUGCCCUACCCUUCCUUGUUGUCGGCGUGCCCCUGCUGUGGCUCGGGCUGACCUCCGUCCUGUACAGCCGGGCCCGUCAGUCGCCGCUGCACUCACCUUCCGCAGCAUCUCCCCUGCCACCCCUCUGGACCUUCGCCUCCGCCUGGCUCUGCUGCGUGAUCAUGUGGGUCAUCCUCAUCUCCUUUGUCAAUCUCCGUGGCGUCAUCGUCAAGACCGCUGGCAGCAUGGACACAGAUGACGAGUGGGCCUUUGGCCAGGUCCUCGCUAUCGCCACCUGGGCUCCCGUUGUUGCUGAUGUCAUCUAUCUCUUCGUCUUCGGCCUCGAGGCUGGCCUCGCCGGCACCCUUCCCAAUGACUACACCGUCCGUCGCAUCGCCACUACCGCCGUCAGCCAGCACGUCCUUUCAGCCCCCCAAUCCCUAUACAGGAAACAACAGCAGCUAGAUGUGUCUUUGGCAUCGGCGUCAUCUUCACCGUACAACCAGUCAGGCGCCAAAAUUGUCUCUGCACAACAGACCUCUGCAGAGAGAGCUAUUUCAUCGACGUCCGCCAGCCCACAGAGCCAGUCUGCACAAAAGGAUCCUGAAAAGGGCCGCUAG